AUGCCACAAAAUACGCACCAAUCAAUUUCUUCUCUCGCUAGCCUCCGACCUUUUGACAUCGCCAACAUUUGCAACCGCAUCGCUUUCAGACACCGUUAUUUGCCCGGAGAACACAUCCAUGUUUUAGUUCUACCUAGCUCUACAAUCUCUGACAAUCAUGGUCAGUCACAGGAUAUCCUCUCGUCAUUGGUGAUUUCUGGAAGGAUGGGCACUAACCCUCAGGAACAGCCCGAAUCUCUGGAUGUUUCCGGCCUCUACGGCAUCGCCAGCGUGGUUGGCUUCCUCCUGGCCGGCUCCCUCAUUUUUGCGCUGGCACGAGAUGGCCGUAGGAUCAUGAAGCAUUGUUUGGGCCAUACGAGCUACGAGGAGAGUGGUACCGAUCGUCAACCAGUUGUCUCGAUCGCCUCAUUCUACCACACCCCUCAAGCCCCUUCUCUGAACAAACUCUACAAGCAGAGGCAUUUGUGCCGGCAGCUUCAGGAUGUAAUAGUUCCCAUUCAUGUUCGCGACGGUCGCUCAGUCAACAUCACGGUGCCUGUCCAAGCUCAUCUUCCAGGGAAGCGUGGUGAAACAGUGCCAGGCUGGUGA